UCAAGAAAAAAGAGUUGAUGCAGUUAUUCAAAUCGCAAAUAAAGAAUGCCAAAAUGCAUAUAAUGAUAUUGAUUUAUUAAUUUUGGACAAACAAUAUUUUUCUCUUGAUAAUUUAUUAAAUUAUGUACCAAGUAAUUGGUUAACUAGCCAUAACUCAGUUAUUGUAGAUUUUAUCGAAACUCUUACUCAUAAUAAUGAAAAUAGUAAAAACGAGUUGACUAUAAAAGAAAAGUUUUUCAAAAAAAUAGUUGCUAUCAAUGCAAUUUAUAGAUCAAGACAUAAAAAAUAUGUGUCUGAAAUAAAUUUAGCUAUAUCAGCUAUUAAAUACUCUUUAGUAUAUUCUAAAAUAGUAGUCGAUAUUAAUAAUCAUAUUGUUAGUUUCAGAAGUUAUGUAAAGUUCAUUAAUUGGUUAGAAUCUCUAUCAAUUGAACAAGAAUCUAUACCUGAAGGCCUUUUAUUUUUGGCUUUCGAUAAUGAAUAA